AACUAAGAUCACUAAAAUACAACUGCUUAGUAUAAAUUUGGGAAUAUACUUCUUGUUAAAUAGUAUAUUUUACAUGUAUUUGCAAGUUUUAUGAUUUUGCAGGUUACAUAGUUCAAUGCAGAAGAAGUACAAGACUUCGUGCACAUAGUUUGUCAAAGUUUACAAACACUGCAGAUACUCCUGUAGAUUUAGAAUCCGAAGAUCAAGCAAACAUGAAUACCAACACCAUAGGAGACAAAAGACCACUUGCAAAAGUCUAUCGGCGUCCAGAUAACAAAGUCAUAAAGGCUACUGCUGGAAGAAAUAUCAAAACUCUUGUUGGAAAUAAACUUGUUGAUGAAGUAGAAGGGGAUGAACAUAAUUGUAAUAAUCUGGUGGAUGAACAAGAUGGAGAUCAAGAUAAUGACAAACAAAGUGAGGAAGAUAUGCAAGAAGGUGAAGAAGACAGUGCACAAGAAGAUAGUGCAGAAGACAUGGAGCAAGACGAUAGUGCACAAGAAGGUGAAGAAGGUGAUGACGAUAGUGCGCAAGAAGGUGAAGAAGGUGAUGAAGAUAGUGCAGAAGAAGAAGAUGAUGAACAAGACGAUGUACUAAACGAAAGUGAGGAAGAAAAUGAGGAUGAACAAGAAGAGGAUGAAACAGAAAAUCAAGCUCAAGUCAACAAUGCACAACCAAAGAUUAAAAUAACAAAAUACAAAAGGAAAAAGGAAGCUGCAUUUGAAACUCAUAUACCAAGAAAAAGGAUUGCUGGAACAUUAUAUCCACUAUUGAAGUUCAUGAACAAGGAUGUUAAGAAAGCAGAAGGGGCUAAACAUAUAAAUAAGAAAAAAGACGAGGUCAAGAUAAGGAUAUCUCCAAGGCAUUUUAGUAAGAUGGUAGGUGAACUAACAAAAGAGCAGAGGGACUGGGUUACAAGAGCUGGUUUUGCACUCUUACUGGAUUUUGAGCUUGACAUUUUGCCAACCAAAAUCGCCUACAAUGUACUCCAAAUCUUUGAUCACCACUCAAUCUCACUGAAGCUGAAGGAUGGAGAUAUUAAUAUUACAAGUGAAGAUGUUUAUGAUGUGUUAGGCCUGCCAAAUGGAGGACAUCCUAUUAUUCUGGCAUCACCUGGAAAGUACAGUCAAAGAAUCAAAGAUUGGCAUGCACAAUUCACUUUAUCUGAUCAAAUAACAACACAGAUGAUUGUUCAAGUGAUGAAAAACCAAGAAGUUAAUGAUAACUUCAAAUUAAACUUCCUUCUUGUUAUGUCAAAUGUGCUUAUUGGCACAAAAGGAGCUUCUUAUGUGGACAAACAACUGCUGCAACUUGAUGAUAACCUUGACAAUCUGAAAAAGUGA